AGAUCUGAUAUAGUGAGUAGUGACAUCGCUAAUAUCUUUUAUGUUAAUAACACUAGUUACUUAUUACUUAUUAGUUAUUAUAUAGAUUAUAGUUAUUAUUCGUAUAUGUCUGUGAUAUUUUAAUUUUUAUGUAACGUCUCCUUAAAUCUUUGCACUGAAUACUGACUAUAGAAAAGGAUGUGGCAUGAAACAACAUAGAAAUUGGCUAGACAAAAUAUUCCAUGUUGUUAAAAUGGAUAUCCAGUUGAUUUCCAGCAAUAAAAGUUUUGGUGGUUACCAGAAAGUUUUUGAACAUUUUAGUCCUACAUUGCAAUGUAACAUGAAAUUUGGUAUUUACUUACCACCUAAGGAGAUAGAAAAUGAAAAAUUUCCAGUGUUAUUUUACUUAUCAGGUCUUACAUGCACCGAACAAAAUGUUAUCACUAAAUCAGGAUUCCAAAGAUUUGCUGCUCAAUACAAAAUAAUUGUUGUUACUCCCGAUACUAGUCCAAGAAACUGUAACAUUCCUAAUGAAGAUAAAAAAUGGAAUGUUGGUUCUGGUGCUUCUAUGUAUGUUAAUGCUAAACUAGAACCGUGGAAUAAACAUUAUCAGAUGUUUACCUAUAUAACUGAUGAACUUUAUCAACUUGUACAAAACACUUUCCCAGUUAUACAAGAUAAAAUAUCUAUUUCUGGACAUAGUAUGGGUGGACAUGGGGCAUUGUUAUGUGCUUUACUGUGCCCAGGAAAGUAUAAAUCAGUCUCAUUAUUUGCACCUGUUUGUAAUAUUUCUAAUUCGCCUACAUUAUUUGAUGGAUUGACAGCAUUACUUGGAGAGGAAAAAGAAACUUUGCAAAAAUGGGAUACAACUUUUUUAGUAAAAGAAUAUGACGGCCCUGAAAUGGAAAUAUUAAUACAUGUGGGUAGUGAUGAUGAGUUUUUAACAAAUGAUUUACUAAUUGAUAAUUUUAUGGAAGCAGCCAAUGAACGUAAAGAUAAUAAAAUUAAGACAAAAUUAUUUCUCGAAGAAGGCUAUGAUCAUGGAUAUUAUUUUAUAUCAACAUUCAUGGGAGAGCAUUUUAAAUUUCAUUCGUCUAAAUUGUCUUAGUAAAAUAA